AUGAACAAUAAGAUCUAUAAGCAGUUUCAGAACAAUAUCAGAGCUUCUCCCAGAUUUCAUCAUAGGAUACCCAAGUAUAACUUCCUGGUGAAUACAAUUCAGAACCCGAGCUUUAGAUUCGGGUUAUUCAUAACAACUUUCAGCUCAGUCUAUUUACUUUCUUUGAUAAAAGCCUAGUAAUCUGAUGUUGAGAUAAUGAGAUUGGGUGCAGCAGGAUCAUUGACUAUACUAACUUAAGAGAGUAUAUUCUACUUCGUCGAUGCAGUUAACAUAAGAUCGAAGCUGUUGCAUGAAAAUAUCCACAUUAACGAAAUGAUUAAGAGAAUAUUUAAAGCUGACGGAAUCUAUGGGCUAUUUAAGGGCUAUUCUGCAACAUUCUACAGUUCUAGUGUUUCGGGAUAUUUUUACUUCUUCAUGUAUAAAGGUAUCAAAGUUCAAAUGAAAGACUAUUUUUAGCCUAAAACAGCCCAUGGCAAUGCUCUUAUAUACGCAUCAGCUUCUAUAAUCGCUGAAUUUCUCUCAUUGAUCAUCUAUUACCCAUAUGAGCUAAUUAAAGUAAGACUACUUACUAGUAAUGAGAAAUAUCAAUACAGAAAUGUCAGUGAUGCAAUCAUCAAAAUUAUAAGAAAAGACUCUAUUCAUGGACUAUAUAGAGGGUCGUCUGCUUUUUCACUAGCUUACAUUGGAUAGUAUUCUAUUUAGAUGACCAUAUAUGAACUUUACAUUGAUUAUAUAGUUAGAAAGUAUGGCUAUAGGGUAUUAAAAGAUAAUGAAACAAGUUAUAUUGUAAAGGGUUCAGUAAUAGGAGCGUUAUUUGCAGCUUAGUUUACAAAUUGUCUAGAGGUGGUGGUAGUUAGACAGCAAAGUGGGUCUAAGCUAAAUGCAUAAUAAAUAUUUAAGGAGGAAGGUCUACAUAUACUAACUAAGGGCAUAGGAGCCAAGUGUAUCUUAGCAUCAUUAUAGAGUACAGCAUUUUUUAUUAGUAUACAUUACUUUGGAAAAUUAUUCAAUACAAGUCUGCAUGACGAAAUAGAGGAAUGA